AUGCCUCCCAUCGCCUCCCUCGUCUCCGCCCAAUUCACCUCCAUCCCCGCCUCGGGCAACACCCCCAUGGUCCUCUGCUCCCACUGCCAAACCACAAAACUGCCCCGCAACAACUUGACUCGAAAAGAAGAGCACCUGAAAAGCUGUGCCUCUUUUGCUCUCUCUCCCUUAUCAACCCAGCGUGACGCAAAUGGCAGAACACUACUUGAAGAUUCCAUCGCCAGACGCGCAGGAAGAACGAAACCGGGGAACAGCAAUAAGACAGAAGAGGAGAAAGAGGUACUGAGACUUAGGAGGUUGGGUGCGGUGUUGGCGUACGGGAAUGUUGGAGAGACCUUGCAGGAGGGGAUUCAAGAACGCGUGGAAAGGAUCUUGAGGGGGGAGAGUGGGAUGGUUGGAGCGAGGGGGGUGGAGAGGUUGGGUGGAAGGGCGAGUACUACUCCUUACCAGCCUUCUAGUCUUGAAGAUGGGAAUCAAGGGUCUGCAGAGGGGUUAAGUGCUUUUGCAACGCCAGAGUUCGAAACACCCAGUGCUGGUCCUGCGACAAGCAACCAAUCCAUGGCUGUAUUAUUGGAAUCAGCAACAAGAGGAAACUCCACGCUUCCUUCUCCGUUGGAAAAUUCGAGGAAAAGACAACAGCCGAGUGACUUUGAGGACAGUACUCCUCAAUUGAACAAUAGGGCGGCAAAACGCUUCAAGCAUGCAGAGUUAUAUCUCGAUGAAGAUGAUUUGGUGUUUGUGGGGUCUGCGCAGACGCCUAGGGAAGAGAGGUUUGCGGCACUGGUGGAGAGGCUUGCUAGAUUGGUUCGUUUGAGGGAUAUGCGAUGA